AUGCAAAAAAAUUUAACAUUAUAUAAUUUCAAUACAAGUUACUCAUUUGGAAAAGAGGAAAAAAAAGAAAAAGAGCAAUCAGUAACUUCAAAGCUAACACGUUUAAAAGAAUCAUAUGAAAAAGAGGGUCAAAGAAGAGCGGUAGAGGGUAUUAUUAUUGUACAUGAUCAUGGUCAUCCUCAUAUUUUAUUAUUACAAGAUAACAGCUAUUUUAAAUUACCAGGUGGUAAACUUAAACCAGGUGAAAAUGAUGUAGAGGGUUUAAUUAGAAAACUAACAAAAAAACUAUCACCAACAGGUACAUCUGUAGCAGAUUCACCAUGGGAGAUUGGAGAUCACGUUUCAACUUGGUGGAGACCAAAUUUUGAACCAACACUAUAUCCCUAUAUUCCGACUCAUAUCACAAAACCAAAAGAAUGUAAAAAAAUGUUUGUUGUUACAUUACCUGAAAAAUGUAAAUUUGCCGUUUCAAAUGAAUUAAGUUUAAUAGCAGUAUCUCUAUAUGAAAUAUAUAACAAUUCACAAAGAUAUGGUCCAGUAAUUUCAAGUAUUCCAGCUUUAAUUAGUAAAUACAAUUUUGUUUGUCUUAAUGUAGAUAAUUAG